CCUACAAAAAGUCCAAUUUAUAACCUAUAUUUACAGGUUGAUUUGAUCGCAGUUCAGUGCUCGACCGUAAAGCCAUGAUGCCAAGUACCCAAGAAGCUAUAUUUGCCGUGCUGUUCUCUGUUGUUCUUGUCUUCAAUAUAUCAGGAAACUCCAUCGUUAUUUACAUCAUCACCAAUGAACGAGGAAUGAGAACAUCCACAAACUAUCUGCUGUUAAACUUGGCUGUAGCAGAUCUUUUAUUUGGUGUUUUUCUUGCUCCUCAAUUCAUAUUCCUGCCUUUCAUCCGUCACUCCGUGCCAGAUGGAGUUCUUGGCGAGUGGCUGUGCAAACUACUGUUAACAUGUAACAUCGCUUGGAUGGCGUCCAAAGCUUCGAUUUUCACCUUGAUUUGUUUGUCAGUUGAGCGAUACUUUGCUGUAUGUCGUCCUCACACCUUCCGUCAGCAUUUUUCACAGAAGAUCGUCAAAGUGCUCGUUUUAGUGUGCUGGAUAUAUGCUGUUGUUGUGAUAUCACCAUUAUUUGCUGAUACUCAUUGGAACAAAGAAUAUUUAGACUGCUCCGUUAAAGUUCCCACCAGUAAAGUUCACUCGGUGUACGUUUUGCUAGAAAUAAUAUGUUCUUUGUCUCUGAUGACAUUCUUCGUUAUGAAAAUAUUCCUUUCCCUUUGGUGCAAGCAGACAGUCGAACCUACAGGUGAACGAGAGAUCACCGACAGAAAGAAGAAAAAGAAAGUCACUUUGUGUGUUCUUGCUGUAGUUGUCACAUUUGUGGUGUGUUGGAUUCCCGUAGCCAUUAACUACUUACUAUCUGGAUUAUUAGUCAGUCCGGUUCUAAGUUUAGCAAUAUUGGUCGCUUCUCUUAACGCUGCUCUGGACCCGUAUCUAUUUAGUUUUCAAAGUUCGAAAUUUAAGGCUUUGGURAAAAAGGUUMUMUGYUGYAGAAAAKAGUCCWCGYAAUAA